UCACAUUUCACGCUCAAACCUUCGACACCUUCCUAUACAUACAAAUUAUAUAUCUAAACACCCUCUCUCUAAAUCUCCUCGGAAAAAAUGGAGACAGGUGGAAAAGUGAAAAAAGGAGCUGCCGGAAGAAAGUUUGGCGGUGGCGGUCCAAGGAAGAAGUCAGUUACCCGGUCCGUCAAGGCCGGUCUACAAUUCCCCGUCGGAAGAAUCGGCCGGUACCUCAAGAAAGGCCGUUAUGCCCAGCGUGUUGGUACUGGAGCUCCGGUCUAUCUUGCCGCUGUCCUUGAGUAUCUUGCUGCUGAGGUUUUGGAAUUGGCUGGAAAUGCAGCUAGGGAUAACAAGAAGACUAGAAUUAUCCCAAGACAUGUGUUGUUGGCUGUGAGGAAUGAUGAGGAGCUUGGAAAGCUUCUAGCUGGUGUCACAAUUGCCCAUGGUGGAGUUCUUCCAAACAUCAACCCCGUGCUAUUGCCUAAGAAGUCGGAGAAGGCCGCGGCGGCAAAGGAACCGACCAAGGCGACGAAAUCGCCUAAGAAGGCUGCUGCCUAAUAAUUUAAACUAGUGUUAGGUGCAAAUGAAGUGUAGUGUUUAUGCUUUGUAGUGCCUUUGUGUAUGUAAUUUAUGGUUGAUUGUGGAUGGUGAUAAUGUUAGGGUUAUUGUAAUUGACGUUUGGAUCUUGUGUUGGUAAAUCUUUGUUUUGCAAUGAAAUGGAGUUUGUACCAUGUUAGUGAUUCAAUAUCUGUUUUGUUUGUUGAAUACAUGAAUUUGGAUAUGAGCUUCAUUUUUA